AUGAGUUGCAGCGUGCAGGUCGCUGUACGGGUUCGCCCGUUCAACUCCCGAGAACGGAACUUGAAUGCGUUUUGCUGCAUCAGUAUGAAUGGACGGCAGACAGUGAUUACUGAUUUGUCAAAGAAGAAUGACGAGAAAAAGUUCACGUUCGACUAUUCCUACUGGUCACACGACGGGUACCACGAAGAGCCGUCUGGCUACUUUUCUCCAGCACCUGGUAGCCACUAUGCAGAUCAGAAACAGGUUUUUUCCGAUGUUGGACAGGGGGUCUUAGACAGUGCCUGGGAAGGCUACCACGCGUGUUUGUUCGCCUAUGGCCAAACGGGGAGUGGAAAAAGCUAUUCGAUGGUUGGCUACGGAGAGAACAAGGGGAUUAUUCCCAUUGCUUGCGAAGAGAUUUUCAGACGCAUCGCUCAAAACAAAGACCCUGCCAAGUCCUUCGAGGUCUCCUGUAGUAUGCUUGAGGUCUACAAUGAACACGUUCACGAUCUUCUCAUCAAACCGUCAACUCGACCACCAGGAGGACUAGAAAUAAGAGAAUCCAAGGUCCUGGGAAUUUUUGUGGAAGGCCUUUCAAAACGAGCUGUGAAUUCCUACGCGGGCAUCCAGAAAAUCGUCGACGAGGGAACUUCCAAUCGAUCCAUUGGAGCAACUCUGAUGAACGCGACGAGCAGUCGGGCGCACACUGUCGUGUCAAUUGAGUUGCAUCAAGUCACAACGAUGAACGGGAAGCAAGGCCGCAGACUUUCUGUCAUUCACCUCGUCGACCUCGCAGGCUCGGAAAAGAACGACCAGACACAGGCGAUUGGGGACCGUCUCAAAGAGGGAUGUGCAAUCAACAAAUCUCUGUCGGCGCUUGGGAACGUUAUUUCGGCCCUGGCCGACAAAGCUGCCGGAAAAGACAAAGGCCGAGUGGUUCCGUACCGUGAUUCCAAGCUCACGCGACUUCUGCAGAACGCGCUAGGCGGCUCCUGCAAGACAAUCAUGCUCUGUGCUCUUUCCCCAGCUUCCAGCAACUACGACGAAACUCUCAGUACGCUGAGAUACGCCGACCGAGCGAAGCAAGUCAAAAAUUUUGCCGUAGUGAACGAAGACCCGACGCUCCGGCUCAUCCGCGAACUCCGGGAAGAAAACGAGGAACUCAGGGCUCUCCUGGAGGGCAACAAUGGUGCGAGCCGCGGUUUGUCUGAAGCCGAGAGAAAGGUGCUGGAGGAGGAACACCAGAAGGAAAUCCGGGCGAUGGAAAAUGCACUCCACGACAUGGAGAAAUCGUUUCAGCAAAAACUGGAGGAGUCGCAAAAACAGGCUGCAGCCCAGACCGCGCAAGGCGCCAUCGACUCGGCAACUGUUCCGCACUUGACCGUUUUGAACGAGGACGUUUUGCUGAGUGGGCAGGUGAAGUUCGCGUUUCCUCACGCGCCUGGGCAGCUCUGGAUCGGCAAGAAGAAAGGCGACUGGACUCCGGACGUGUCUCUUUCGGGGCUUGGCAUUUUUCCACGGCACUGCAGCUGUGCGUUCGACGCAGGAAAACGAGUGGUGUAUCUGACGGUCGAGGAGGGGGUGAAUUACACUUUCGUGAACGGCGAGAAAAUCGGCAACAAGAAGCUCGUGGCGCUCAAAUCCGGAGACCGCCUGGUGCUGGGGCAGGCGUACGCGUUUCUGGUCGUUUUUCCUGCAGAGAAAAAUCCAAGGCUCCUCGAGGAAUACACGUACGACAAUGCGCUCCAGGAAGUGUGUGUCGCACAGGGCGAAGUCAAACGCGCGAAACCUAGCGAGGCGGAGCUGCAGGAAGAGAAAGCCAAGACCGAAGCGUAUCGAAAACAGGUAGAGGCCAUGCAGCGUGCGCAAUCAGAGUUCGAGGAGAAAAUGCGGCAAGCGGCGCUGAAGGCCAGCGCGGAGGAGCGACAGAGACUCGAGGAAGAGUUCCGGAAAAAACACGAGGCGCUCGACCGAGAGAAAAAGGAACUGCAGCGAAAGGAAAUGCGCCGUCUAGCAGCCGAGACAGACCGGAAAGAGGUGGAGGCUACGCUCGUGGAAAUUCUGCCCCGCGUCAAGGAAGCAAACCUGAUUGCGGCCGAACUCAACAAACCGUACAAGCUGAUCCCUUCGUUCGACAUGUGUUUCACCUCGACAGGCGAGCGGAAGUCUAAAGUCCUCGUCUCGGUGAAAUACUGCGGAAAACUCGUCUAUGAGUGGACCCCCGCAGUCCUCGACAACCGCCUCUUCCUCAUGCGCGACCUCCUCGAGAAAUACUAUGAGGAAACAGACAAGGACGGAUUUCUAAGGCGUCUUAGGAAAGAGGAGGAUCCUUUCUGGGAUCCAAUCGAGAAGGAGAAAUGCAUCGGCAAAGCGGUCCUGUUUCUGCAGUCGCUGACCGCACAGUUGGAGUCAGAGUCAAAUGCUCACAUCUUCAACAAGGAAGGCGUGGAAGUAGGACAGCUGAACGUGGCUGUGUUUCCGGUAACGAAGGACGGGAAGGAGUUGGAGGAUGAUGACAUCAAGGAGAGUCCUGAAGAGCUGCUUGGCACUUCCGCAUACUACGAGGUGAGGAUUCUCAGUGCCUCGGGACUUCCCAAAGAGCUCUCCAACAACACCUUCGUCAAAUUUAAGUUCUUUCGCUGUUCGAGCUACACCGAGACCCCGCGAGUCAGAGGUUCUACCGCCAACCCUGUCUUCAACUUCAGAAAAAUUUUCGAAGAAUCCGUCACACCGGCGUUCACGGACUACCUCGAAAACGAGGUUUUGAUCUUUGAGGUCUACGGAGAGGAUCUCCGAGCUACAAAGUAG